AUGGCUGCUCGUCAAGUUGUAAACGUUGCAAAGGCCGGAGUUCUUCAAAAAUUGGCUAUCGCUGAAUCGGCCGUUGGUGGCAAAGUUGCGUGUGAAGGCUAUGGUGCGGCUUCGUACGGUGCAUCUGGUUAUGGCAGUCAACCCGCAUAUGGUGGUCAAGCUGGAUACAGUGGUCAGGCUGCUUACGGCGGCCAAUAUGGUUAUGGAAGUCCUUAUGGUUAUGGCAGUCAAUACGGUUAUGGCAGUUCACCUAGCAGAGGCUAUGGACAACAAGGUUACGGCUAUCCUUCUGGCUAUGCAAGUGGUUACGGAUCUGGUUAUGGAAGUGGAUCUUAUGGCUAUGGACAACAAGGUUAUGGUUAUCCCUCCGGCUAUGGAAGUGGUUACGGAUCUGGCUAUGGAUAUUAA